AUGGAUGUUAAUAGGUUGGUUGGUGGAGAUUGGGAUUAUCUUCAUUGUCCAGCUGUUGGUAAUUCAGGUGGAUUGCUUGCCCUGUGGAAGAAGGAUGUUAUGAAAUUUGAGGUCAUGGCUACUGAUGAGCAAGUGUUGAUUGGUAAGGUGUUGUUACCUAACCUACAGGAAUGGAUUGUGGCAGUGGUGUAUGCCAAGAAGGAUUACCAUGCGUGCCGUAGUCUUUGGAAUGUGAUUGGCAACUUUAUUAAUGGGAACCUCCCUGUGAUUGUAGGAGGGGACUUUAAUUGUUGCUUGGAUCAGAGUGAAAAGAAGGGUGGACAGAAAUACAAGUAUACGGUGGGAGCUCAAGAAAUGUCUGCUUUUCUAGUUGAUAAUGACCUGCAUGAUCUAGUAAUUUUGGGGCCGAGAUACACCUGGUCUAAUAAUAAGACUGGGAAUAGCAAAAUCUGGGUCAGGCUUGACAGAAUCUUGAUGAAUUCGGAGGGUCUUCGACUUGCUCCUCUGGUUACUGUUAAGCAUCUGGUUAGAUUGGCAUCUGACCACUAUCCGUUGCUUCUUUUCUUAGCUCCUACUUUGCAGAAACCUGAAGGUAGGUGGCUCAGAUUUGAAGACAUUUGGAUGUCGUAUCCGGUUACUUGGAAGAUUGUGUGGAAGAAUUGGACUAAGCAAGACUAUGGGCUACCUGCGGAUGUAUUGAAUGGGAAAUGCCAUAGAACUUUGAGGGCUCUAUUUUUUUGGAGCCGUAACCGAUUGAAGGAAUUGGGAGAGCUAAAAAAUUUACUUUAG